CCCUUGGCUUUCAUUUAUUGCUGUUUAACAUCUUUCCAGCACAACAAAAGGGGAAACCCAGCUGAGAAAAUGAGAGCCACGGUUCUGUGCAUCACUCUGACUCUUUUCUAUGUCGCCUAUGCAGGUGCUACUGCUGUGCAAAAAGACUUUGACCUGAAAAAGUUUCUAGGCACAUGGCAUGGUCUCGCUACUGCCACAAACUCAGACUGGUUCCUGGGAAAGCUUAAGUGUGUACCAUGCCUGGCACAACUCAACCUCACUGCAGAUGGGAACAUCGAACUAACUCGCAGCUACAUAUGGCCAGAGAACUCACCAAAAUCAGUUACCACCUAUGCGGUGACUAGCGAACCAGGAGUGUUUCAUGCAAAGACAUUAAAGGGUGGCUAUCCCAUUGAAUUCCGAGUCUUGGAAACUGAUUACAAUAAGAUUGCCAUAGCUGUGGCGUACAUGAAUGAUGGCGACAGAAAGUUUACCGUGGUGAAACUAUUGUCAAGGACCCGAGAUAUAAGUGCUGACACUGUGGACAAGUUUGAAGAUUAUACAUUGAAGAAAGGUUUAACAAAAGCCAAUAUUGUAUUCUCACCAAAGAAAAGAGGAGAAUGCAGUCCACCAUCAAAUACAAGUCCUAUUGUUGAAGAACCUUAAAAAAUCUGAUGGGAAUCAAACCAAGAAUUAAGAGAUCAGUUUUGAUGACUUGCUGAGAGAGUCACCCACCACUACACUUGUUGUGAAGCUAAAGACAGAGGUCUUACACUGAAUAGUUAAAAAAAUAAGGAAAUACUGCAACAGAGCAUCUCGAAGUCUAAUGUAUUUUCUGUCGAUGUGGAUUUUUUUUUUGUCUCUUUCAAAUUUUGUGAUACAAAUUCUAAUCAGAACUGUGCAAUAAAACUGUAUUUUCUGUGGUUGUAUUUUGUUUUAUGAACUUGGGAUAAUCUGUUCUUACUUUAAUUCCUGAGGAUUUGUAGACAUAUGCUAUAGUAAUCUCAUUUCACUUUCUCAUGUUACCCAUACUUCUCAACCUUUUAGUGCAAGAAGUCAAGACAAUGCCUAAAUUAAUGAGGGGACAAAGUCCCAAAAUAGGGACAGAUUUUAAUUAUUGCUCUCAUAAACUUAGAAAGUUGCUAGGAUUUGUAGCUUAGUAGUUACUUGUUUAAUGUUUAAUUACAAAGAGCUUAUUUCACAAAAAUGUAUUUUUCUGUAAAUGUUCAGUUUACCCAACCCUCAAAAGGGCUAUUAACCUUCUGUUUAAAUGUUAACUCAUUAAAAGCUUGUUACAUCAUUUAUUAUAUUUCUGUAAAUGUUUUAAUUAUUCUGUACAAAUCUUUGUUAUUCUUUUGUAACAUGU